GGCGGCGGACGCGUGAGGCGACUGCCCGAGCCUCCCGGGGCUUGGCUCCGGGGACCAGCCGGCGGACUGCCUUUGGGGGCCGCGAAGGAAGAGGGCAGGACUCUGGUGUCGUUUGUUAAUUGUGAUUGCGUCAAGCUUGCCUCCCUCGCGCCUACGGGGGUGGGGGGGUGUCUGCUGCCGCGCUGAGCCCUAGAGCGCAGGGAGCCACAGCCUAAUCCGUCUUUGUAGAAUCGGGGCCCUCGCUAGUUGGGGAAAUGGCGAUGACGCUGUUGGAAGACUGGUGCCGGGGGAUGGAUGUGAACUCCCAGAGAGCCCUGCUGGUCUGGGGGAUCCCAGUGAACUGUGAUGAGGCUGAAAUCGAGGAGACCCUCCAGGCUGCGAUGCCCCAGGUGCCCUAUCGAGUGCUUGGGAGGAUGUUUUGGAGGGAAGAGAAUGCGAAAGCAGCCUUGUUAGAGCUCACUGGCGCUGUCGAUUACGCCGCGAUCCCCAGGGAGAUGCCGGGUAAAGGAGGUGUCUGGAAAGUGGUCUUUAAACCCCCGACUUCCGAUGCUGAAUUUUUAGAAAGGUUGCACCUCUUCCUAGCGAGAGAGGGGUGGACCGUGCAAGAUGUUGCCCGCGUCCUUGGGUUUCAGAACCCCACUCCGGCCCCGGGUCCAGAUAUGCCAGCAGAGAUGCUAAACUAUAUUUUAGAUAACGUUAUUCAGCCUCUUGUUGAGUCCAUAUGGUACAAGAAGUUGACGCUGUUCUCGGGGAGGGACAUCCCGGGGCCUGGGGAGGAGACCUUUGAUCCCUGGCUGGAACACACUAAUGAGGUCAUAGAGGAGUGGCAGGUGUCUGAUGUAGAAAAGAGGCGGCGGUUGAUGGAGAGUCUUCGGGGCCCCGCCGCUGAUGUCAUCCGCAUCCUCAAGACGAACAACCCUGCGAUAACCACUGCCGAAUGCCUGAAGGCGCUUGAGCAGGUGUUUGGGAGCGUCGAGAGCUCUAGGGAUGCGCAGGUCAGAUUUCUGAACACUUACCAGAACCCGGGAGAAAAGUUAUCUGCGUAUGUCAUUCGUCUGGAGCCUCUUCUGCAGAAGGUGGUGGAGAAGGGGGCCAUAGAUAAAGAUAACGUGAACCAGGCCCGCCUGGAGCAGGUCAUUGCCGGGGCCAACCACAGCGGGGCCAUCCGGAGGCAGCUGUGGCUGACCGGGGCCGCGGAAGGGCCUGCCCCUAACCUCUUCCAGUUGCUGGUGCAGAUCCGCGAGGAGGAGGCCAAGGAGGAGGAGGAGGAGGCGGAGGCCGCCCUCCUGCAGUUAGGCUUGGAGGGGCACUUCUGAGGCCCAGGAAACGGCGACAGUGCACAUCUAGAUCGCAGCCGCUUACCUUGUCUCCGUGCUCUUACAGAUGUGUCCCUAGUGGUAAAGACUUCCGCCAUGUGCUGUUUUGGGGGUGGGGGUAGGGAGUCAGGCCUGAGUAUUCAUGUAACAUUAGUACAAUCGCGCAAAUGAGCACCCUGAGCUGCUACAAGUGAGUCGUACUCGCUGCAAUGCCAGGUAAAGACUUGUACACAAGUGCUCAGUGCCAGCUGUCAUUGUGGCAAUCAUCCGUUGUAAAAACCAUGUGAAUCCCUGACACUUCUCAUUGAGAUAAUUGUGAAAUUGCAUGUUCAGAUGUUUUAGCGUGGGGCCUGGCAAACACAGGAAGUGUUCGGUAAAAAUAUGAGCCGUUGUUACUAAUAUUGUGAAUAGUUUUUGUGUUUACAGUAAAUUGUUCCUAAGUUUUUUCCCUAAUUUAUAUUAAUGGAAAGAAAUGUGACUCAUACUAUUUAUUCAGCCUUACAAAGCAAAUUGUUUUAUUUUUCAUCUCGAAACAUCUGGAUCACUUUAAUUGAAAAGUAUUCUGAGACUAUGGAAUGGGAUGUUAGAAAAAUACUGCAAUUCUAGAAUUGUGUGAAUCAAUUUUUCUGUGUACAAGACACAGGGAGUGUCUUGUUGCAUGGGGAGAUUAAUAAGAACCAGUUACAGUAUCUAUUCCCCCAUUUCAAAUCCUUGUCAUUGAAUGGUAGUUCUUGUUCAUGCUGAUUCUAAGUGUUCUAAAUUUGAAGUUGUCAAAAUACAUGUAUAUGAAUAAAAGUAUUUAAAAAAUUC